AUGGAAGAGCCCUGGAAGCCAGAAGAUCCAAACCCAGAGGCUUGUCAGGCAUUUGACUCUCACAUCAUCUCAGCCCUGGACCUGAGGACUGAAUGGCUGGAUAGAAAUGGCGAUUUGGGGUGGGUGCUGCGGUGGGUAGCGGGUGACGCGAUUUUGCGAGGGACUGGCAACCAGAAACUGGCAGAUGCGGCUCCUUGUCCCUGCUCCGUGGACACAAAAAUCAACCUAAUUCGAGUCUGGGAGAAGCGCAGUCUGGAAGGCCGGUCACCCUCGGGCUCUGGACCAGGAGCGGGGUGCGGCCAGCCGGGCACCUCUGAAGCGAGCAGAGGUCACGGAGGGCGCGCCCGGGGUGGGCUGGGGUCCCCCGUGGCUGCGCAAUCCCUGCCUGCAGAGCACCCUGUCCACUCUCUCCCCGCCAGCACUGAUUCCGUGGAGACCCCACGCUCGGAGGGGCGCCAGGGAUUCUGCGGCUGCGGCCGGGGUGUCCCUGUCGCCGCCCCUGCGUCUGCCACUUGGCGGCGCAGCGGGCUGGAGGGGGCGCUAGCGCGCAGGACCUACGCAGCAGGUGCCGCGUUACCUCCACCUCGGCGGGGGGAGAGGGGGCGGGCCGCGGAGGGAGGCGGAGGCCGGCUAGGCGAGCGGGAGAGCGCGGCCGGCUCCGCAGCUGGCUGCGAGCUCGCGGCUUCCGGGAGCGCCCGAAGUCCGCGAAAUCCUCCCAGGCGCCGGGGACACGCGGCCACCAGCACCCCUCGCACCGCGGUUCGCAGGACCGCGAGCAGCCGCGAGGGCGCGGGGGACGCGGCAGCUUCUGCACCCCUCGGGGGACGCGGGGGUGCCGGCGGCAGCGCGGAGAUCCAGCCGCUGCCGGCGCUGCACCCCGGCGGCCAGCAUUCGAGCUGCUGCCCGGCGGCCGCCCCGAGCCUCCUGUUGCUGGACUACGACGGCUCGGUGCUGCCUUUCCUCGGGGGCCUGGGCGGCGGCUACCAGAAGACCCUGGUGGUGCUCACCUGGAUCCCCGCGUUGUUCAUUGGCUUCAGCCAGUUCUCGGACUCCUUCCUUCUGGACCAGCCCAACUUCUGGUGCCGCGGGGCCGGCAAAGGCACCGAGCUGGCGGGUGCCACUGUCACCGGCCAGUGGGGCGACCUGGGCAACUGGACCAGUACCCCGGUCACUCCCUUCUCCACUGCCUCCUGGGGGGUCGCGGGCAACCCGGUCAACAGCAGCGACACACCACCCCUCCCGUCCCCUCCAGGCAAGGGGAACAACGACUCAAAUUGUGACUGCCACGCUUGGGACUACGGCAUCCGCUCAGGCCUCGUCCAGAACGUGGUCAGCAAGUGGGAUCUUGUGUGUGAUAAUGCCUGGAAGGUCCAUAUCGCUAAGUUCUCCUUACUGGUUGGAUUAAUCUUUGGCUACCUAAUAACUGGAUGCAUUGCUGACUGGGUUGGCCGGCGGCCUGUGCUGUUGUUUUCCAUCAUCUUCAUUCUGAUCUUUGGACUGACUGUGGCACUGUCAGUGAAUGUGACCAUGUUCAGCACACUCAGGUUCUUUGAAGGAUUCUGCCUGGCUGGAAUCUUUCUCACCUUAUAUGCAUUACGAAUAGAGCUGUGCCCUCCAGGAAAACGGUUCAUGAUCACCAUGGUGGCAAGCUUCAUAGCUAUGGCAGGCCAGUUCCUCAUGCCAGGGCUGGCCGCGCUAUGCCGGGACUGGCAGGUGCUGCAGGCCCUCAUCAUCUGCCCCUUCCUGCUCAUGCUGCUCUACUGGUCGAUAUUCCCAGAGUCUCUCCGCUGGCUCAUGGCUACCCAGCAGUUUGAGUUGGCAAAGAAGCUGAUCCUGCACUUGACACAGAAGAACUGUGUAAGCCCCGAGAGUGACAUCAAGGGCAUUAUGCCAGAGCUGGAAAAGGAACUUUCCCGGAGGCCCAAGAAGGUGUGCAUCGUGAAGGUGGUGGGGACCCGAAACCUGUGGAAGAACAUCGUGGUCCUGUGUGUGAACUCGCUGACAGGGUUUGGGAUCCACCACUGCUUUGCAAGAAGCAUGAUGGGCCACGAGGUGAAGGUGCCGCUCCUGGAGAACUUCUACGCUGACUAUUACACCAUGGCCAGCAUUGCGCUGGCCUCCUGCCUGGCCAUGUGUGUAGUAGUCAGGUUCCUCGGGCGCAGGGGAGGGCUGCUGCUCUUCAUGAUCCUCACUGCCCUGGCCUCUCUUCUGCAGCUUGGGCUCCUCAACCUGAUUGGGAAAUACAGCCAGCAUCCAGACUCAGAAUUGCAGCUGAAGUUGGCCGUAGGGAUGAGUGACAGCGUCAAAGACAAGUUCUCCAUCGCGUUUUCCAUCGUGGGCAUGUUUGCAUCCCAUGCAGUGGGAAGCCUCAGUGUGUUCUUCUGUGCAGAGAUCACCCCCACGGUGAUAAGGUGUGGAGGACUGGGGCUGGUGCUGGCCAGUGCAGGCUUUGGCAUGCUGACAGCACCCAUUAUUGAGCUGCACAACCAAAAAGGCUACUUCCUGCACCACAUCAUCUUCGCCUGCUGCACGCUCAUCUGCAUCAUCUGCAUCCUCCUGCUGCCUGAGAGCAGGGACCAGAACCUGCCUGAGAAUAUCGCCAAUGGGGAACACUACACACGGCAGCCACUGCUGCCACACAAGAAGGGAGAGCAGCCCCUGCUGCUCACCAACUCAGAGCUCAAAGACUACUCGGGCUUGCACGAUGUGGCUGCAGUGGGCGAUGGACUGCCAGAAGGGGCCACUGCCAAUGGCAUGAAGUCCAUGUAGCUUACUGAGCCACACCAGCAUCCCACCAGUCCCCUGGGGUUUAAAGGGCUGAGGGACGCUUGCACACAGGUUUACAGACCAGAGAGGAGAUGCAUGGCUGGGGAGGAAAGUCCAACUCUGCUGCUGACGCCACCCAAUAGUGAGAACUUCAACUGGUGUGGGGAAAUGCUCUUUUCAAAUGUCCAAGGAACAGAUUUGAGCAAUCAGAUGCUUUGGAAGUAACCCUUCAAAGACUUUAUUUUCUGGAUUAAAUGUUUGUAUUUAUUUUGGUCAUUUUUACGAGAAGCACUUUAUUCCCUUUCCUCUCACUCAUUAUGAAGUGGAACCUCCUUCUGGAGAGAGGCACCGUCACACUGAGGGAGUCACUCUAAGUGACCAAUGCAGUAGCCAGUCCCCUCCCUGGAGGCCAGACACUGCUUUUUUCCUCCGUCCAAGGAGCGAGUGGUCAUCUGGGUAGGCCAGGACUCCCACCUCUAGGCUCCCUGAUGAGGAGAGAUGUGCCUCUCAAGUACAGUCUUCUUGGGACUACAUUUUAGGCAGAGCAAAAUGUACAUGAAUUGGGCUUUUUGUAGAGUCUGUGUAUUUUAAAGUUGGGUUUUUUCCUUCCUGUUUGUAAAGUAGAGUUUCCAUACUAUGUGCUGGGGAAAGCAACUCCUAGAUACCAUCAAAGCCAGCUUAGUCUCUUUCCUUCAGGAUCAUCCUUUUAUACUUGAUGCUGGAAGUUUUUGUGAGGAAACUUCCAUACUUCACCAGAAAUCCUAAAAGUUCAGAUAUGGCCAGUUUUCUGACACCAGGCUUGCUUAGUUAAAUCCACAGGCAGUAGAUGUGUUGUGUGGUCUGAGGCAUCUAUUUCUUUUAAGACUCCUUCCCAAAUUGAGCUCCAGCAGAGAAAUUCCCUCUUUCACUGUCAGCUUUGUUGCCAGCACUACUUGAAAAUGUGGCUACUCUCUGAACUACAAACAACAGGAAAACAACUGAAAAAGACAACUAAGGCAAAUCCCAGGAGGGAGCCUGGCUCUCCCCACAUGGCCGUUACCCACAUCUGGAGCACACACCACAGAGAGUGCCAGCUUGGAUGGCUGUCACUCUCAGAACAGAGUCCACAGCAGCUGGAGGUGGUCCACCUCAUGUCUUCCUCAAUUGCUUCCUGCCUGUCACUGGUUCAGCAGAGGGGCGCAGGGCAGGAGUGUAAAUUGCUCAAACAUGAGUCCAAAUGGCCUCCAGCCCCUUGAAAGCAAGGAGUGAGAGAAAGCAAUAACUCACCAAAGCUCAACUCCCAUCCUGUGCCAGCCUCCCAGGAUACCCUCAUCUAUGUCUGUCAUCUUGCCCCAGGCAGCAGAGUACCACGGCUGCUAAAAACCCAGCCUCUCAGCCCAUUGCAACAGCUCAGGCACCAGCUUCUCUGGACAGCGUGGCUUCUUAUGAACCAUCUGCCUUGCCUCAUGGGCCUGUGUAGGCGAUUAGGUGACUUCCAAGUGACAGUGACCAGAAUUCAAAGGGCCAGAAAGGAGUUCAGUUUCUCCCUUCCAGCUCCCCACCUAGUCUGUUCUUUACUAUCUCGCCUGCUUCUCGUCCACAUCCAGUCAACACAGCAGAAGUCAGCUGCCUGGAUCAAGACCUCAUGAAGGCAGUCAUCAGGUGUGCAGUCCGGUGUUUCCAACAGUUGGCCUAUGCUCUCUUCAGUGCCUGGGGUCCUGGGAGCUUUGCUUGAGGACCAAUGGCUAGGUGGGAGGCUGUGUAGACAGUCCCUCCCCACACCUGCUCCAAGUCCAGCUCAUCCUCACCCUCCUUGGUGGUCUCUUCUGAAGAGUCACCUUCGUUCCAUGUCUAUGUUGGUACACAUUCACAUUACAAAGGCCUUUCUUUACAUCUGUGCAGCCUUCACGUGCCAAACUCAUGAAAUACCUUCUACCUUUUCUAGGGUACUUGCUACCAACUCACCUGGCAGCAAACUGUUAAGUAUCGAACCAGACAUAUGCACGGUCAUGAGCAGUCUCACACUGGUCGUGAGGCCUUUUUAAAGAAACAUGGAAGCUGCAGUGCUACUGAGCUCAUAGGAAGGUGGCACCAAGGUGCAACACUUCCAAACUUCUAUUCCAAGGUCUCUGGUCUCCGCCUCAAAUGACAGUGAUACAAACACUGGGCCCAUGAAGACAGUGCUAAUGGCUACCACAAGCAGAACUGACCCAUCCAUGACUAGCAGAGAAGCUGCAGUUGAGGCCUGGGCUAGGAGGCCAACAUCCACAAGUUCAGCAGGCUGAUUGCAAUAGUCUUGGCCAUCAGUUGGUCCUCCAGCACCCUCAUGUGGCAGCCUCAGGAUGAGGCUGAGCUGUUAAGUUUCUGAAGGUAGCCAGAGCAGUAAAGGUUGCUUGUGGGUAAAGCUAUUUGAUCUGAACAUGUCGGAAAGGCAUCAGGGCACUCAGACUGAGACACCCUGGCCUAGGUCCAUGGGAAGAUGGCCUCAGCCCAGCUUCUUGGUACCAGGCUGCCUAAACUUGGUCCUGUGCCCCUCGUGGGUAGUAGAUGCUUCUCAGGCACUUGCUCUUUCUAUUGGGCCCCUGCAUCCCCGGGGAACAUUAGAAGGCGUGUACUCCUUAUUGCCCUCCACCCAUCCCUGCACCUCUGUUUUGAUAAAAGUUAUGCACAAAUGUGAACACCUGAGAUGGGGCUGGGUAGUUCUUCAUUUUGCUCUUUGUUAAGUCAAACAUUAUCAAAUAUUCUAAUUAUUAGCACCCAAGACAAAUAGUAAAAAGGUUUAGAUGUUUUUGUUUUAUAAGGCUAUAAUCACCUGCAACUGGAGGAUAGGGCUGGUAAACAGGUUUGGCCAUAAAAUGGAAAGCAUGCAAAAACAGACCUCAUAAAGGGAGCAUCAUGCUCAAUCAUGACUACUUCCCAGAGCCAACCGAGAAGUCCCUGAACUGGAAGUGCCAUUCAGUGAAUCUUGUGACCAUCACACACCCAGCCCCAGGGUGGCACAUGGGUUGGAGAAAGCCCACACUUCAACUCCUUGUUUUGAAGGACACCACCUCACUUUAAUGUAUUGUGUGUUUUGGAAAAGCAGUAUGGUGUGUUGUGUCUAGUGAAGAACGCUUCCCUACCUCUGUCCUUUCUGCAACCCAACCAUGUGCGGUUUUACUCUGAAAACCGUGUUACUGUAUGUGUCGAUGGGGGUUCCUCCAGCGGUACUUGUUCAUAGCACAAGCUUAUGUUGAGUUCUGAACUGUCGUUCACAGCUACGUGUCUGCAUGGUGUCGCAUCUGUUGUACCUUGGGGAAAAUUCGUAUGUAAAUGUACAGAAAUAAAAAUGUUGUCCCAUUAACAGAUUUCCUCUGGAAUGUCUUCCCUACCUCACCUGAUGGUAUCCAACAAAGGGCAUUUCACCACCAUUGACGAGUAAUAAAAUCCUCCAUGUUGAUCCAGA